UGUAACACCGGUAAACGCGAUGGCGGCAGCUGGCAUUCAGAAACAAACAUAUCACGUCAUACACUGCCUAUUACAAAAUGAGCGAGAUGUUGAUAUGGUGGAGACUGAUGGUCCUGAAGAUGAGAACUCAUUUGACCCUGUAAAAAUAGCCCAUAAGCUCAGGGAACUGGGUGACGAUUAUGAUGAGAAAGUGAUCCAGCCGCUGAUGAAGAAUGUACAGGGAGCUGCAGCCGAUCAGGUGGUGACUGUGUUUAGUGAUAGCGUGGACAGCUUGUGUAAGAUGUGGGUUGUGGAAAGAGCAGAAGUGGCCUCAGAGAAGCAGCUCCUCAAGGCUGCCAUCACACUGGGACUCUUUAUGAAGAAAAACUGCCCUGCCAUGACGAAUGUAGUUGAGGUCGCUAUGAUGGGAUUCGUAAACAACCGUCUAACAAACUGGAUUGCAGAGCAAGGGGGCUGGGUCUCUGUCUCUGUGAGCAGCAUGUGUUGAGAUUGGAGCUCAUUGUCUCAUUCUCUGAGAGGCCCUCAAUCAUUUCUCUAAAGUUUGAUUUGUAAUACAGGAUAAACUGUAAAUGGUGCUCUUUUCAGACAAUCACAGCCAGAAAAAUGGAGAAUUAAAUUUUUUACCAUUUUCUUACUCUAAUACAGAUAAUUGAAUGUUUAAAUUGAUGCCGGAAUUCUCAACCAACGUUUUUUUUUUUUUUUUUUUUAAUAAUAGACUUGUGUGUCUUAUGAUGUUGUCAAAUUCUGUAGUCAUAUUUCUUUACAUCACUGAUGUAACUCACAAGUGUGUGUUUUAAAUCCUUUGAAAAUGAAGCACUUUGUACAAAUGUAUCCGUCUCAUAGGGACACGUGUGCUGUAAUAAACAUUAGUGAAAUGUUAGUCUUCACAAGAGAUAAAAUAAAUAUGGGGUGGACAUAUUGAGCAAUUUUAUGGUUUUAUUCUAUCCUAGUAACAAUAAGGCAAUAACAAUUACUCGCUAAUGACUUCACUAAUAAUGACUGGGCCAUUCAACAUAAGCAUGCUUAUUUUUACUUGAAU